AUGGUUUCGAUCAUGCGACUGCUAGCGUUGUCCAUAUGUGGCUUCCUGUGUUGCACCGGACUCUUGGUGCAUUGUGCAGUGCAGUUCAACAUGUCACAAUACAAGCUCAUGCCGCGGGUGUUCCAUUUCGACGAUUACGACGAGUGUCUGCGCGAUGAUCCAACCGUGCCGGAUGUGUACUGUAUGGUGAGGGCUGUGAUACGACCGGAUGAAUCCUCGGCUGCCUGGAACGCGAUCGCUGACUUUUCCGACAACUGGAAGCAGCAUCUCAACCACGCACAUCUCGACCGGGGCCUGUGCCUGAGCGGAUGCGUCCGGAUGUUGGACGAACUCAAGCACGGGAACGUUACCGAGCGGGAGCUGAAAUCGCUGGUCGUGCCCAAGUUUCAGAUCGAUUUUCCGUACAUCAUCAAAAACGGUACGUUUCGAGACGUGGACAUGUACCGGCGCAAGUACUCUGACCUGUUUGCCAAAUGCAUCAACUACGAGCUGCAGCAGAAGCAUGGUUUACAGGCCUACACAGAAAUCGAGUACUGCGACAGUAACAGAGAGUCCUAUCCGAUCGAUAAUAUGGAAAUUGCGUUCUUAGUCGUGCUAGGGGCUUUACUACUAAUUGUAGCUUCCUCCAGCUGGUACGAUCAUCGCUGCAAGCAGGAUCAUGGUCUGACACACUACAAAACGGAGCUUCCUAGCAAGGCAUCAAUGGUCCUGGUAUCUUUCUCGCUUAUCCGUAACUGGUAUCGGCUUACGUCCCGAAGCGAUGAUUCACUGAGCCGUUCGAUACGGUUCAUCCACGCGAUAAGAUACCUUAUUUUCGCGAUAGUUAAUUUGGGACACAACAUUCUCUACGCACAGCCUCGAACGGCAAUGGUUAUCGAACGGAAAUACCACGAGAUCGAUGCGAUGAUCGUGGCCAACGGUACGCUUGUCGUUACGACCUUCUUCUAUAUUAGUGCGUUAAUGUUGGUCCUGACGCUGGUCAAUAAGGUUGAGCAGACGGGCAGAAAAAUUGGAUUCCUGGAAAUAAUUAUGAUAACCAUCGCACGCUACAUUCGCCUGACUCCCGUGUACGCAUUUCUUCUUUUCUUCGAAGCGACCUGGUUGGUGCGGUACCUGGAUGGGCCACUCUGGCGCAAAGGUUUCGAAACCAGCCGAACGUACUGCCGCAGAAACUGGUGGGCCAAUCUGCUGUACAUCAACAACUACUACGGAACAGAUGAACCGUGCAUGCAACACACCUGGUACUUGGCGGCAGACUUCCACAUGUUCAUCUACGGUCUAGUGGUGUGUGCCGUGGUGCUGCGCUAUCCCAAAUAUCGGUCCUACAUUCUUUCUUUCCUGCUGUUGAUUUGCGCCAUGGUCACCGCCAUCGUCGUGUACGUCAACGAGUACGAAGCCGUUACGAUUUUGCCGCCCCAGGCACUACGAUUUUUCUUCUGGUACUGGGACAUGUACCACGGGACGUAUUUGCCGACGCACAUGUACCUGAUCAAUUACACCACCGCAAUUAUAGGCUCGUUCUAUGUGCUUAAUCUGAUGCGAAAGAACUUCAAACCACCCAAGGUGUAUUCCUGGUUGUGGCUUCUCGGUUUCCCACUCAUACCGUGCCUGUUCAUGACCGGGUACUUCAUCUACGACAAUCUGUUCGAGACACCGGCCGUCUGGAUGGCGCUAAUGUUUCCGCUCAUUCGGAUACUCUACACAACGAUCAUAUGCCUGCUCAGCAUUGGGUUCAUCUUUCGCAUCGUCAAACCAUUCCAACGGCUGGCCAACAUCCACUUCUUCGGUGUGUUAGGGCGCCUCACGUACUGCGCGUAUUUGUGCCACUUUUUCAUCACCCGAGCCGUGUCUUUUGGCACCAGGCGUAUGUCGAAUUUGGGUGUGUUCGAUAAGAACACCAUCAGCUGGUCGACUCUUUUGAUGUCCUACCUGUGCAGUUGGAUACUUUGUCUCACGCUUGAGUCACCAUUUAUUGCCUUGCAGAAGAUCGUUUUCGAAGGUCUUUACAACAAACGGAAGCCGGAAGGAUCGGCCAACCAGCACCUGAAUGGUAACCUGCCAGCAACGGUCACUGUUUUAGGUUCGAAUGAUACUAAUGGAAAACUACACACAGUCGACCUGGAGGUGUGCUCAAAGCCCACAGAACAUGAGCGGCUCUGA